GAAACACAAAACCGUUCAAACUUUUCACGCCGGCAUAGCUACUUUGUGUCCAAUCUGUUCAUGGAAAUCCCCAAAAAUGACCUAAUUCAACAAUCAUCUACUGUUAGCGUCUGCUCAGACUGGGAUCUGGAUUUCACCGACGAAGAACUUCAGUCAAUUGACGCUGCUAUUGAAUCCGUCGCUUCUUCUUCCUCAUCUAAGAAAUCUGUCGCCAAUUGCGACGGAGAUCGUCCGAGAACUCGCCGGCGAUUGCCUGAUUCUUUGUUUACACGGUCUGCAUUGUCAUUUAACAGCUCUUCAGUUGAUCCUUCAAGUUCGAUCUCGUUAUUGCCUUGCCCUAGAAAUCGUUUUUCUAACCCGAGUGAUUCUUCCAAUCGUGAUAAUAUAAAGAUGAAAUACCCUACAAUGGCUUUUAAAGGUCAUAUUGUGUACAGUAGAACAUUCCCACAGGUGGAAAAAGCUGCAAAUGAGCUCUUAAAGUUUGUUGAACUCAAGAAGAAAGAUGGAGGUCGUGCUAUUAUUGGAUUUGACGUUGAAUGGAGACCAUCUUUCAGAAAAGGUGUAAAACAAGGGAAGGCUGCAGUUCUACAGAUAUGUGCAGAUGCUGCAAGUUGUCAUGUAAUGCAUGUUAUUCAUUCUGGAUUCCCUGAAAGUUUAAAGUCUCUUCUUGGGGAUUCCAAAUCUGUGAAGGUUGGAGUGGGAAUUGCUGGUGAUGCCCGCAAGGUGUUCAAUGAUCAUAAUGUGUCUGUAGAUGGUUUAGAAGAUUUGUCAUAUUUAGCCAAUCAAAAGCUUGGUAAAGAGCCUAAGAGUUGGAGUUUGUCAUCAUUAACUGAGGCUCUCACUUGCAAAGAGGUUCCAAAACCCUCGAAAAUUAGAUUAGGAAAUUGGGAGGCUAAUCCUUUGUCAAAAGAACAACUGACAUAUGCAGCUACAGAUGCUUUUGUUUCUUGGCAUUUAUUCGAGGUUCUUAAUCGUCUACCGGCUGUUGAUACGCCUACAAAUGAGGUGGUGGAGGAAGCCAUUGCACCCUCAUGAGUUUGAAUAAUCGAAAUUCAAAAUUUGUAAAAUGUAUUAUUUAACAUAUUUUUCGUAUUUUAAUUACUUUGGAAACGUAAUUAGUAAACUAAUUAUUAUAACUAAAGGGUUUUUUUUCCG